CUCCCUGGGCCAGGCCUGGCGGCGCGCGGACGGACGGGGCGCCCCGAGGCCCAGCGCAGCCCGCAGCCAGCCCGGCAUGGAGCCCGGCCCCGGGGAGGGCGGCGGCGGCGCGGGCGCGGUGCACUUCCACGGGGACGAGGAGAUCAUCGAGGUGGUGGAGCUGGGCCCGCCCGGCCCCGAUGACCUGGCCAAUGAGAUGGAAGAUGUGGAUUUUGACGAGGAGGCCAUCCAAGGGGCUGAGGAGCAGGCCUGGGAGACGGAGGAGGAAGACGAGGGGGUGGAGGAUGGCAUGGAGGCCCAGGAUGACAGUGAGGUCACUUUCUCUGAGCACUCGGCCUCCGUUUUCUGCGUGAGCCUCGAUCCCACGACCAACACCCUGGCGGUGACAGGCGGGGAGGACGACAAGGCAUUCGUGUGGCGGCUGAGUGAUGGUGAACGCCUGUUUGAAUGCUCAGGUCACAAGGACUCCGUCACCUGCGCAGGUUUCAGCCACGACUCCAUGUUUGUGGCCACAGGGGACAUGAGUGGACUGAUCAAAGUGUGGCAGGUGGACACGAAGAAAGAGAUCUGGUCGUUCGACGUGGGCGACUUGGAGUGGAUGGAGUGGCACCCUCAGGCCCACGUCCUGCUGGCGGGCACAGCUGAUGGGAACUCCUGGAUGUGGAAGAUCCCCAGCGGCGAGUGCAAGACCUUCCAGGGGCCGAGCUGCCCGGCCACUUGCGGCAGGGUCCUUCCUGACGGGAAGAGAGCGGUGGUUGGCUAUGAGGAUGGGACUGUGCGGAUCUGGGACCUGAAGCAGGGAAGUUCCCUCCACGUUCUUAAAGGUCAGGACGGGCAUCAGGGCCCCUUGACAUGCGUGACCAGCAAUAAAGAUGGCAGCCUGGUCAUGACUGGGUCCGUGGAUUGUCACGCCAAGCUGGUGAACUCAGCCACCGGCAAGGUGGUCUGUGUGUUUAAGAUGGAAAGUGCAGCCUCAAAGCCCCCGGCGGGGGAGGCCGAAUCCAACUCGGUCGAGUCCCUGGGCUUCUGCAAUGUGAUGCCGCUGGCAGCUGUGGGCUACCUGGACGGGACCUUGGCCAUUUACGACAUCUCCACGCAAAGCCUGAGGCAGAGGUGUCAGCACGAGUCGGGGAUCGUGCAGCUGCUGUGGGAGGACAGCGCGGCUGUGGUCUACACCUGCAGCCUGGAUGGUGCCGUGCGCUUGUGGGAUGCUCGCUCCGGGAAGCUGAUCAGCGAGUAUCGGGGCCAUUCGGCGGAAAUCCUGGACUUCGCCGUCAACAAGGACGCGUCCAUUGUGGUGACAACGUCCGGGGAUCACCAAGCCAAAGUGUUCUGCGUGCAGCGCCCGGAUCGUUAGCGUCGGCGCCUGGAAGGGAGCGGAGCACUGUGGGAGCCGAGAGCAGUGCAUUGUGGGAUGGGGGGGGGGAAAUAAACCCACCAGCAAAGUGAGGCAGAGCAAUCCACAGCUGGAACUCGAGGGGGGUGGGAGGUUGGCUUGUACUGCACAGGGGACCCCUGAUCCUUUUCGCAUAAAGUGAUUCAUAGCUAUCGCUUGGCCAUCUCCCCCCUUGUUUAGUUUUAGGGCUACUCCCAGGGUUUUCUAUGAAAUGUUUUAAUUAUAUAAAUUAUUUCACGUACUGGA